ACGUCGUGUUCAGCGGUAUUCGCUUGCGAGCCGCCGUUGGAAGCGGAUCGCUAUUCUACUGACGCUGGUCUCUACUUCGCACGCACGCCGCGAAUUAUUUAUCGAUACGAAUUGUCAUCCCUGUAAUCGUCUGUCAUUUUGAUUUUGCUUCUAGUUAGUAUACGAAUAAACUGCUAGAUCAAUUUAGAUCAAAAUAAUUUCAAUUUUUGUUCAUUCGAAUAUACGUUUGAGUUGAUUUUUUAUAUUUUAUUUUCGUUUUUUUUUUUUUUGUAUUUAUUCACACAUGCGUCAAAUUUGAACAAUUAAAUGGUUAUAGAGAAAAGAAAGAAAGAUCGAGUGUUAAGGAAAUCUUAAAGAUCAAUUUGUACGUGAAAUUAUUUUGAAAGGAUAAUAGGAGAUAUUUUUGUAUGGAAUAAAAUAAGAAUUAGAUAAGUCGAAGAUUUCGAGAAAAGGCGAAGAAAACGUUGACCGGUUGACCGGUAGAGCGCGGAACGGUGUACCGGACGGUUCGCGAUAAAAUUCACGGUGGAAAGUGCUACACGCUCCGAUUCACCGUGCGUUAUCCGAAGAAACAGGAGGCAGAGGAAAGAAGAAAAGAAGGAAGAGGAAGAGAGAGAGAGAGAGAGAGAGAGAGAGAGAGAGAGAGAAACAGAGAGAGACUUCACGCUCGUCGAAGAGAGAUUAAAAUAACAGAACCGAUCUUCUUCAAGAAAAUUAAAAAGUUUCAAUAGACUAUUCGUUAAUCGAAAUUUCUUGGAAAAAUACGUAUUCGAUGCACCCCACUCCGGUGUGCUUAUCUCGUACAUAGAUAGAAUAUUUUAAACUACGUUUCGAGUUACACUCAUCCUUCAACGAUUUCUAAUUUUUAAAUUUGAAGAAAAGACUUUCUGGUAUACUUUGGAUUUCAAUUCACCAUCAAGAUGAUUACUGGAUUCGUUUUGACGCUGUUGAUCUUCGCCAGCGGCAUUUACUGUCAAAACAAUAGCUUGCUCUCGAGCGAAGUCCUGCAGGAUUACGAUCCGCAAUUCAUGGUGGGCUGUUACUUUCCUGCAGAAUACCAGGGUGAAUUCGUGACGCAGGUGAACGUUAAGGACAGUACCAUUGGCACAACGAACGUGCCUAUUCAAUACUCGACCAUUAACAUUACUUACAAUGCCAUCCCGGUCUGGGGUUUUUGUCGUAGAAGAGUCGGUGAAAAUGUUCUCUUAAUAGACAGAUACGGUGACGGCGAUUGUAUACGGUGCUUUCGGCUAAAGCGAAGAACUCGCAACGUUAUCGAAGUCUUCUCGGAAGAUCUCAACAGGUGUUACACUUACGAAUCAGCCGCCAUUGCUUCGUGCGAAACUCUGAACUCUACGUCCAUUCUUUACCGUACUAAGGAAGUCGGCGGUGCACCAAUUAGAAACGAAUAUUGUCCUAUAGUAGGAGGAUAUCAUUUUAAAUACAGUCUUAACGAUGAUUCAUCCAUAUCAACAGAAUGCAACUCAUUCUACUCGAAUCUUCAUAACUGUCCUGAUGGAUCUGUCUUACAUUUGAAAUUCAAUGAUUGUACCUUCGAGUCACGUGAAUUGAGCUUCAAUUGUUUGGGUAGCUGGCCAGGUGGUCCUUAUGGUUCAACUUAUAUUGCCUUGAUAGACAAUGAUGCUAUUAAAGAAAAUCGUCCUCAGUAUCGUUGUGGCUUGUUCUACGCUGAUAACAAAAAAGGAAGAACGUACAUGGCCUUCAGUGGAGAUUCCAGUUGUACAAAAGAUUUAUUCAAUUCUACGAACGGAUUUGAGACAUUUGUUCUAAGCAAAAUGGCUAAUCAAAAGCCGAUACCGAAUUAUGUAAAAACUCAUGUAGCAACGUUUCCAAAGUGGGCACAGGGAUUGUGGGAAGAGUCCCUCAUCGUAAAUGGUACAAUGACUUUCACCGAUCUCAACGGAUAUAACAGUUACACUUUCGUUACGGUUGAAUCAAACGAUGAAACUGGACGUUACGUAGUCUAUUCAAAGGAUCAUUGCGAGAAUGAAGCUUACGUAUGCUUGAUGAUGAGACAACGCAGUGAAAACGUAUUAGAAUUCACGAUUGGAAUGGUAAUGAAUCCAGGUUAUCAGGAUUACUUAUGCGACGAUUCGAACUUCGAUAAACCAGUGUGGAUGACUCAAGCACGUAUUGAACGAAUAGUAGAAUCACCUUGUCCAAUAACUGGACAAUACACGGGUACGAUAACCGAUUUAUCGGGCAUGUGUGCAGAGUUGAGUAGCAAUUGCAAUACUCGAGAAAUAAUGUAUUAUAAAGUUUAUGACUGUGAGUCCGAGGAACUCUAUGAAGAACGGACGUAUUUGUGCUUGGGACAGUGGGAAGAGAAAGGUGUAAUGUACACCUACACGAUGAGAAACGACACAGGUACAAAGGAGUGUUUUGUCGGCUUGAUCGUUAAUGACGAGGAAAUUUAUAUUAAGGAAGCAGGUGAUCAUUGUAUCAGAGAUAUAGAUCCUAAGGAGCAAGGAAUGAGAUUGUACAAAAAAGGACAAUGUUAUGGAAAUUCUCCUAGUCCUGCACCAACACCAAUGAAACCGAUUCUUCGUAAUCCUAUAAGUGUGUCGACAACUCCACGAUCCAGAUUUCCGGGUGGACCCACGAGAAGACCAGGAGGAGGUGUUCCAUCUUCCGCAUUAUCAAAAAAUCUUCAAAAUAAUGCUUUAGUUUUUGUGAUGGUACUUGCCGUAUUUCUUAAAAUAUUUAAUUUUACGUAGUAAACGAACAAUAUUUUUAGUUUAGGAAUAAAUAAUAAUAAUGCAAGUAGAUAACGAAACUCUAUAUUUACAUAAGCUCGAUGAACGUUUUAUUCUCGACUAAUUAAAUAAGAAAUCGUUUAUAAGUAGAGAAUUGCAAUAUUUAAUAUGGCACUAUAAAUAUUUAAUUAUACGAUAACGUGUUUUCGUAUAAAGUGUAGAAAGUUUACAAUACAUUUUAUAUCAAACUAUACUUUAAUUACAAGACUAAAUCAAAGUGCACUAUAUGAUCUUCGCUAGAAGUUAGACUACAAAGACUCAAAUAACGAUAUUGAAAUUUUAUAAAUAGAACGAAUCAAGAAAGUAUUUUACGUAAAACAAGAAAAAUACGAUAACUACCUUUUACUGUAAUAUAAUAACAAAAUUGAUCAAUUUUCUUUUAGAUCAAAUCACCUUGUAAGAUACAAAUCAUUUUCGUCGGCUAAGUAUUGUAAAUUAUCGAGAAUACCCAAAGAUCUUGUAAUCUUUUUUUAUUACUUGAUUCCUGAUACAAACCAAUAUAUUAUAUGCGAGGCAAGAAUUUAAUCUAUUUGAACAUAAUAUAUAUAACAAAGUUAUUUAU